AAUAUGGCCGGUAGGUUUACAUCAUGAAGGAGUGACGACUUCCUCUUUCUUCUUCAUUUUAUCUGCAAAGCUUGCCACGUCCUUAAACUCUUCGGUAUCCCUACACACACAUCAAGAUGGGUAGGGAGGACAAGGCAACAUGGAAGUCAAAUUACUUCACCAAACUUGUUCAACUUUUAGAUGAUUAUCCCAAAUGUUUCAUUGUUGGGGCUGAUAAUGUUGGCUCUAAACAAAUGCAACAAAUUCGUAUGUCUCUUCGUGGAAAUGCUGUUGUACUAAUGGGAAAAAACACUAUGAUGAGAAAAGCAAUUCGUGGACACAUUGAACGUAACGCAGCAUUGGAAAAACUUUUACCACAUAUUCGUGGUAAUGUUGGAUUCGUUUUCACUCGUGGAGACUUAAUCGAAGUGAGGGACAAGCUUUUAGAAAAUAAAGUCAGAGCACCGGCUAGAGCAGGUGCUAUUGCACCACUGAGCGUCAUUAUUCCUGCUCAGAACACUGGACUUGGUCCUGAGAAAACAUCUUUCUUCCAAGCUUUGAGUAUUCCCACUAAGAUUUCCAAGGGUACCAUUGAAAUUGUGAAUGAUGUACAUAUUUUGAAACCAGGUGACAAAGUAGGUGCAUCAGAAGCUACUCUUUUGAACAUGUUGAACAUUUCUCCCUUCUCGUAUGGUUUAAUUGUGGAACAAGUCUAUGAUUCUGGUACUAUUUUUGCACCUGAAAUUUUGGACAUAAAGCCGGAGGAUCUCCGUGAAAAAUUUAUGACUGGCGUUGCAAAUUUGGCUUCGGUGUGCUUAGCUAUUGGCUAUCCCACAGUGGCUAGUGCUCCUCACAGUAUUGUUAAUGGAUUCAAGAAUCUGUUGGCUAUUGCUGCUGUAACAGAAGUCGAAUUUGCUGAAGCUGAUACAAUCAAGGAGUACAUCAAAGAUCCAAGUAAAUUUGCCGUAGCUGUGACUGCCGCUGCACCAGUUGCAGCUGCUGCGGAAGCACCUGCUGCUGAGAAGAAAGAAGAGAAGAAAGAAGAAGAAGAAUCUGAAGAUGAAGACAUGGGAUUCGGUUUGUUUGACUAAACUGCAUGUAUGUUUACAUGUGUCAACAUUGUUCAAAUGAUUGAACAUGUUCAUGGUCGGGUCGUGUUUUUAUAAACUAGAUCUUAAGAUUGUGAACAGUCAUAAUAAAACAUCCUUUAUAAUAUA